UCGGCGUCAUUUCCUGGAUGCUGUUCAAUAGCAACGGUAAAACUCGAAGCUCUGAACGUCAUAUAAAUCUGCGAGUGAUCUCUGCUGCUUUUCCUGCGCACAAUGGAGAAAAAGGGCUCUGAGAAAAACCACCAUGUGGUACCCUGGCUUACCAAAGCGGAGUUGGACCAGGUUCGGGACUACCUUUACUCGAUGGACUCCUCUCUGCAGGGGGUUGCGUUAGACAGGAUAUCGGCUUGGAGGACCAGGUGCACUGAUAGUUUCCCCGUGGCCAUGGACUGCACAGCGGACCUCGUGCGCUGCCAGAUGCGGGACCUGUCCGGACAGCUUACCGGAGAUGACUUGAUUAUGAUGUACGGGACGGCCCUGGUAAGAUUUGUUAAUCUUAUCACGGAGCGCCAGCUGAAGCCACUGGCUGGAAACUUGAGCAUCCCCGAGUGGAUGGUGGAUCUGAGGAACGAAAUCAUGCAUGGGAAGCUUCCUUCUUUGAAAUGGUGCCAAAGGGGAUGUAAGGUGGCCCUGGAGUGGCUCCAGCAGGAGUUUUGGUCCAGACAGCUGGGAGGAGCCCCCGAUGAGCGCUGUGACUUGCAGUCGCAUGGCGAGGAUGAGGACGUCAAGCGCCAGGAGGAUGUCGAGCCCCAGGAGGAUGUCGAGCCCCAGGAGGAUGUCGAGCCCCAGGAGGAUGAGCUCGUUGCCAGGCAGAAAGAAGUGGACGCCUACAGAAAAGCUCGGGAGCUGCUGAUCUCUUAUCAGCAGGCCCAGUACCAAGCUUUUCAAGACAAGGAGAAGAGCUCAGCCGGGCCAGCUGAGGGCCACCGCUAGAGCAACAGCGACCUCAACAGACUGAAAUGUGGACUGAAGCUGUUAAUGUUAAUGUUAAGUCUCAUUCCAGCCUUCGCUGACUCUUGUUGUAUGUGCUAGAAGCAGUUUUGAAGCAAAAAUAAAAUGUUCAGAAGACAAAAUGUUAUUCAGAUGAAACCUGGUUAAACAAAUCUGUUACACGUAGGUAAAUAGUAAAUACAAUAAGUAUUGAUGGCUAUAAUGUAUAUAGGACAGAUCAGACCAAAAAAGGUGGAGGUACUGCAAUAUUUGUCAAAAGCAAGUUCCAUGUAAACGUCCUGUUCUGAGUCAGUGAGUCAGCAAUCUGACCUUUUGGCCCUCGAUGCCUCCAAACGUUUGCACAUCACAGUUGAUGUUGCUAUAGAACACCCUCAGGUGUUAGUGAUGCCGUACACUCUUCAACGAAGCUUUUAUCUGAUUUGAAAGUUAACAAAAUAGUUCUUAUGUGAGACUUGAAUUGUAACUGGCUACAUCCAGUCUGAAAUGAAUUCAAAUCUUGCUGUAACUCGUUGAUAUUGGCCUAGGUUCAAAUAAAAUAUUACAAAUGUUCCACAUAAA